AUGGCCCGUGGACCGAAGAAGCACCAGAAGCGCUUGAGCGCUCCCUCGCACUGGCUCCUGGACAAGAUGUCCGGAGCCUAUGCGCCCCGCCCCUCCCCUGGUCCUCACAAGCUCAGGGACUGCCUGCCUCUGAUCGUCUUCAUCCGUAACCGUCUCAAGUAUGCCCUCAACAACCGCGAGACCAAGGCCGUCCUGAUGCAGCGCCACGUCAAGGUUGACGGCAAGGUCCGCACCGACCCGACCUACCCUGCCGGUUUCAUGGACGUCAUCACCAUCGAGAAGACCGGCGAGAACUUCCGUCUGAUCUACGACACCAAGGGUCGCUUCGCUGUGCACCGCAUCCAGGCCGAGGAGGCCGAAUACAAGCUUGGCAAGGUCAAGCGUGUGCAGUUGGGCAAAGGCGGGAUCCCAUUCUUGGUUACGCACGAUGCGAGAACCAUCCGUUACCCUGACCCCGCGAUCAAGGUCAACGACACCGUCAAGAUUGACAUUGCGACUGGCAAGAUCACCGACUUCAUCCGCUUCGACACUGGUGUGAUCUGCAUGGUCACUGGUGGUCGUAACAUGGGUCGUGUUGGUGUCAUCACCCACCGGGAGCGCCACGACGGAGGUUUCAACAUUGUCCACAUCAAGGACGCUGUUGACAACACCUUCGCUACUCGUGAGUCCAACGUCUUCGUCAUUGGACGGGAGAAGCCCUGGGUUUCUCUGCCCAAGGGCAAGGGUGUCAAGCUCUCUAUUGCCGAGGAGCGUGACCGCCGCCGUGCCUAUGCUCUUGCUCAGGGCCACUAA